UGAACAAGACCCUGAGAUACUUAAACUCCUCAACUUGGGGCAGAAACUUGUCCUGACCUGGAGUGGGCACUCCACCCAUUUCCGGCUGAGGACAUUGGUCUCAGAUUUGGAGGUGCUGAUUCUCAUUCCCACCGCUUCACAGUCAGCUGCGAACCAUUCCAAGGUGAGCUAGAGGCCAGAAAGAUGGAGGCUUCAAUUAAAGAUUGAAGCAUUAAUUAAUGGCAGGACUUCUUUUAGCACUGUUGUAGGAAUGGGGUGUAAAAUCAGUGUUUGUUUAUCUAUCGGUAGCUAUGCUAACGUCACUUCAGAAUGAGUAUAAAAAGGAAAGUAUUUAAAACAGAACAUUUUCAAAAACAGCAGAAGAAAUACUCCGAGCAUUGCUGUGUCCCACUUUGUUCGGCUUCAGCCAAAUUUAACGGCAUACUAAGUUUUCAUGGUGUUCCGACCCAUUCUGACUUGAGAAGACAAUGGCUGGUAAACAUACAUCAUUUCACAAUUACCUCUCACACCAGGGUCUGCAGCAGACAUUUCGCCAGUGAUCAACUCAUAGAGCCAACAACCCUCGAUGGUCGAAGGCGGCUUAUUAAAGGUGCUGUACCAACACUUUUUGAGUGGAAUGGCUAUAAAGUUGAACCACCGCGGCGUAGUGUUUGGGAAAGAACAGAGCGACGCCUUGAACUAGUUCCUCCUGACGAUCAAGAAGAGCACAGUCUUACAAGAGAUCAUGACUACUGCUCAGUCCCUGAGCCGUCUGCAUUGGACAUAUCUGCAUCAGCUGCAGAAGACCUGUCCGAAGACGUGGAGACUCUGAGGAAGGAAAUACAGGAGUUACGUGUCCAGCGAGAAUUUGGGUUACAGCGUUUUGCUGGCUCCAACAGUGACAUCCGAUUCUAUACCAGAUUUCCAAGCUAUGAUCAUUUGAUGGCAUUUUGGUUUUUGAUUGAGCCUUGCAUCUAUAAAAUGAUCCGGGUUUCAAGAGCCAAGUCAGCUGCCAAUCGGAACGAAGAAGUGUUGACACCUGCACGCACAUCAACGAGGCAGCUGCUACAGCCAAUUGACGAGUUUUUCUUUUCCUGGUUUUCCUGUCAGUUGGUUUGAAGGAGAGGGACCUGGCACACCGAUUUAGCAUACACCAGUCCACAGUGAGCCGCAUUAUUGCAACAUGGAGAAAUUUUCUUGCCACUGCACUGGGGUCUCAAUGCAUCUGGCUUACAUGUGCAGACGUGCAAGCUUACCUCUCUGAGGAAUUCAAAGAUUUCUCAGACACCCAGAUGAUCCUUGACUGUACAGAGCUGAGGUGUCAGACACCAUCCUCACCACUUCUCCAAAGUGAAAUGUACUCUUCGUACAAAUCCCACUGUAUGAUGAAAGCCCUGGUUGGCAUAGCUCCACAUGGUCCAGUGACAUUCAUCUCUAAUCUGUAUGCUGGUUCGGUUAGUGACAAGGAACUAUUCAAACAAUCAGGCAUUGCUGAGAAGUUGACUGAAGACAUGGCAGUGAUGGUAGAUAAGGGCUUCCUAAUCACCAAUUGUUGUAAAUGCAAAGUGUACUGCCCACCUUUUCUAUCUAAGCAGAAGCAGAUGCCAGCAUACCAGGUUAAGGAGACGCAGGCCAUAGCCAGACUCAGGGUGCAUGUGGAGCGAGUCAUUAGGAGGAUCAAACAGAACAAACUUUUUGAUAGCAUCAUUACCAUGUCACAUGUUUACAAUAUCAACCAACUGUUUGCAGUGGCAUGUAUGCUGUCAAAUUACCAGAACACAGCAUUAGUUAAAAAAAUGGGUUAAGUGAGACAAGAUGGAUUUUUCCCAAGACACCAGUGCCAGUGCCAGUAACUUAUGGAAAAUGACCUGCAGCUGAGGCCACUACAGUUGCACUUCUUCCUUGACAAUACUUGAUUACAGAACUGGUACUUGAGUGCUGAUAGUUGAGUUCCAGUUAUUGUUAAUUCUAACUCAUUGCAAAUGUUGAAUGUUAAUAAUACUGUUUAAUUAUACUACUAUAUUACUAUUCAGAGUCAACAAAAUUGUUUAUCAAAAUUAUAGUUAAAUCACUAAAUCGUCGGAGAAUCACAUUUGCUCAACACCUGCCACAGGUGGAUGAACCCGAAUGCUGCUUCAAUACCUCAACUCUUCUUUAUGCUCAUUGUUAUUGUUAUAAACAGCUGCACUCACAGUUCAGACCCUCACUGUGGCAUUAAUAUUUAUGUUUAUUGUAAACUUUUAUUCUGCAUCUGCUGCUGGAAUAUCAUUUUCAGCUCUGUGAAGUACCUGUCCAGUAAAACAAAAGAAAACUUGAUUUUAAUUGUUCAGAGUUGUAAACAGGUCACAGUAGGCUUAAGGGCUUUUAUUUUGAAAGGCACAGAGAGGAAUAACCCAUCAGCUGGGCUGCUAAAGCAGCAGCUGAGGUUUAUUUUGAAGGAGGAACAUUGCUUUCAGGUAUGCUUGGUGAAAGAAACGAGUCCGAGUCUUCUCUCAUAACAAGUUUCAGGUUUAUUAGAAUUUUACUCGCGUGCCAUCAGCUUCUGCUUCUUCAGCUUCUUCUGUGAAACCUGCAGAGAGAAGAGAGAGGCAGAGUUAUGACAUCAUCGAUCAGAGAGUUUGCACCGCUGCCUUGGCCAACAGUCGCUCAGUUUUAACAGGGUUGUUUUCAUGGAGAAUCCAAAGGUGUCCUAAGGAGUCAUCACUGCGACAGAUGAUGAAGAGGAGGAAGGUGACGGGUUCAGAUGUGCAGCCAGAGGAGCAGGAUUCACUGUGUUUGCUGUGGCAUUCAUGGGACCUUCAGUAAAAGGGAAAUCACAGCUCUCCAGGUCCCUAGAGACUAAGCCAACUUUAAUUCUCCUAACCUCGCUCCGUGCUGCAUGUUUGAAGCCCCACCCCUCGCUCUUCCCUCUCCACGUUCUCACCUUUUUCUUCUGGGCGACCUCCUCCUCGGGCUUGGGGACGAUCUGCUCCUUUUCUGUCAGGAUCAUCUCAAUGUGGCACGGCGAGCUCAUGUAGGGGUUGAUGCGGCCGUGGGCGCGGUACGUACGCCUCCUCAUCUUUGGCGCCUUGUUGACCUGGAUGUGCUCAAUGACCA